CUUGAACUUGGUGUUGCUUGGACUCUCGGGAGUAGGAUACCCAAGGCCAACCUCCCAAACAGUGAACAGGCAACGCGGUCCUCACCCCUCCGCAUUUCACAUCUCCCCCUUUUAUGGAGAUGAUGAGAGCAGGAAACAGUAGAUUGAAGUGAACAACGCCUGGAGUCAAGAUCGUACCUUGUCCACCUUAUUCGCCUGCUCGGCCUCUCUACCGCUAGGCAGGAAAAAGAAGCAUCAGAGCUUCGAUCAGAAAAUUGAUACUUAUCUGCGUCUCACAACACUGCUGGGUGUUGCCAUGCAGCCAUUCGACCCAUCUGAGCAUCCACACCGCCGGUGGAACCCGCUCACUGACAGCUGGGUGUUGUGCUCCCCGCACAGGACGAAGCGCCCAUGGCAAGGUGCCCAGGAGGGCGGAGAUGGGCCCGAAUUGCCCGAGUACGAUCCGAAAUGUUACCUUUGUCCUGGCAAUCCCCGAGCGACUGGGGAGCACAACCCAAAGUACAUAUCCACAACGUAUUUCGAAAACGACUUUGCAGCACUGAAGCCAGAGGAGGCGGAACCCGCACCUCAAGAGCACCCGCUUCUUCGAUCGCAAAAUGCACGUGGGAGAUGCUAUGUUGUGUGCUUUCACCCUUCCCACAAUCUAACUCUCGCCCAGCUCACCACGGCGCCUUAUUCGGCCGAGGAUCACAUUUUGCCCGUCAUCAACACGUGGAGGGAGCUCUACAGCAAAAUUCCUCGCGAAAAUCCGUUCAUCCAAUACGUCCAAAUCUUUGAAAACAAGGGCGCGGCUAUGGGCUGUAGCAAUCCGCACCCGCAUGGUCAGAUCUGGAGUUUGGACUACAUUCCUGAGGAGCCUGGUAAAGUACUACGUAACCUCAAGAAAUACGCACUCGACCCUAAGAACUACGAUACAGUCCUGCGGCCGCCCAAAGACAAUGCAGGCAGACCAUCUCUACUGCUCACGUAUGCGGCAUACGAGCUUUCGCUCCCGGACCGGCCGCGCGUGGUCGAUGUGAACCAGCACUUUGUCGCCGUCGUUCCUUACUGGGCACUAUGGCCUUUUGAAAUCCUUCUCCUUCCGUACAAACGUCAAAUCGGCUCGCUUGAAGACAUGUCGAAGGAAGAGCUGUCUGCCCUUGCGUCGCUACUGGGCCAGGUGGCAUGCCGUUUGGACAACAUUUUCGAAUGUAGCUUCCCUUACAGCAUGGGCAUUCAUCAGAAACCUGUUCCUACAGGACACCAGGGUGCCACCGCGGAAACUAAAGACCUCGGCGAGUUUGCACACUUCCACAUUCACUUCUAUCCCCCUCUUCUUCGGAGCGCCACCGUUCGCAAAUUCAUUGUUGGAUUUGAAAUGUUGGGUGAGCCGCAAAGAGACUUAACGGCAGAGCAAGCCGCCAUCAGGAUUCGGGCGAGCGCGACGACUCACUUCACGGCCAGCCAGUGAAGGGAAACUAAUUAGAGCAUGUGCUUGAGAACAAAGGCUAUGUAUGCUACAAAUAUGCGCUGCUCGCUGAAUCUCAUGUGAACUGUGAAGGGUGACGGAGGGGCAAUUGUCGCCGAGCUUGUCCUGUGAUUCGGCAACAGGUAGACUUCAAAAAGCGAUGCGGGAGAAAUCAAGUACGCGGUCGAGUUCAUCUUCGUCAUCAAAAUGACUCGUCCAUCCGACUUCGUCAUCGCUGCCAAAGUAGCCGUCAUCGUCGUUGCCCAAGUAUGAAUCAUAGUCUUCAGCGAACUCAUGCAGGGCGCGAGUAAGGUCAUCCAGGCGAGGAUGAAUGUGAGUCAUGAAAGUCGCAAGGUCGUCAUCAUCGCUAAAGAAAUUGUCGUAUGUAUGUGAUCGCCG